GUUGUUGUUUAAUUAUUUUCUUAGUCAAUAAUACGUCGCUGACAAAUCGACAUUUUUUUUCUUCCAUAAUUCUCAACAUUAUCAUCAUCAUCAUCAUAAUCAAAACAAAAAAAAAAUGCCGGUCGAUUUUGAAAAUGCAUAUGCCGUUGCACGGCAAACGAUAUCGCGUUUUCGUACCCGUGACAAAGCCGAACGUAUGUUCGACGAUGAUGAUAUAAGACAUACACGUGGUGAUGCUCCGGAUCUCAUUAGCAAAUUGGGAGAAAAUGAACGAGAUGUCAACAAUCAACAACCAUAUGAUGAUCCAAAUCAUAAAAUGUUUAAAGGACGUGGUGAAAGAUGGGAAAAAUUUCUUGAACCAAAUUGUCCAUGUUUUCCUGAUUUAUCUAAACGUUAUACAAUAGCACUAUUGAGCUCAGUUGGUUUUUUGAUUAGUUUUGGUAUACGUUGUAAUAUGGGUGUUGCUAUUGUUGAAAUGAUUAGUAAUAAGACUGGUGUUCAAGAAUUCGAUUGGACUCCCGAAACAAUCGGUGUUGUUGAUUCAUCAUUUUUCUGGGGUUAUAUUGUCACUCAAAUACCGGGCGGUUUUCUUGCCGCUAGAUAUCCAGCCAACAGAGUGUUUGGUACUGCUAUUGCAAUGUCAGCAUUUCUUAACAUGUUAUUACCUAGUGCGGCCAAAAUGCAUCCAGGUUAUGUAAUGUUUGUCCGUAUUCUACAAGGUCUAGUUGAAGGUGUUACAUAUCCAGCUUGUCAUGGUAUAUGGAGACAUUGGGCACCACCAAUGGAAAGAUCACGUCUUGCAACAUUAGCAUUUUGUGGUUCUUAUGCAGGCGCUGUUGUUGGUCUACCAAUGUCCGGUUUUCUAACUGAACAUCUCGGCUGGGAAACUUGUUUCUAUUUUUAUGGAAUGUUAGGCAUUGGUUGGUAUGUAGUAUGGUUAUGGUUAUCAUUUGAACGACCGUCCAAACAUCCAACUAUUUCUCGUGAAGAAUUGGUAUAUAUUGAAAAUAGUCUUGGUCUUGUCACAUGUAAACCACCAACCCUUUAUUCAACACCCUGGAUUGAGAUAUUUAAGUCGAAGCCCGUAUAUGCAAUCAUUGUUGCCAAUUUCUGCCGUUCAUGGACAUUCUAUCUAUUGUUAAUUUCGCAACCAAUGUAUUUUAAAGAAGUAUUCAAUUUUAAUGUCGAAAAAUCUGGACUUUUGGGUGCAUUACCACAUCUUUGCAUGACAUUUGUUGUACCAUUCGGUGGUCAUCUUGCAGAUUAUCUUCGUCGAUCUGGAAAACUAACGACUACUAACGUUCGUAAAGCAUUCAAUUGUGGUGGCUUUGGUAUGGAGGCGUUUUUUCUCAUUCUUGUCGGUAGUACCGAUAACACUACAAUCGCAAUCGUAUGUCUUACAUUGGCUGUUGGAUUUUCCGGUUUCGCCAUUUCUGGAUUCAAUGUUAAUCAUUUGGAUAUUGCUCCAAGAUAUGCUUCCAUUUUGAUGGGAAUUUCUAAUGGUUUCGGUACAUUAGCUGGUAUGCUGUGUCCAAUCGUAGUCAAUUUGAUGACCAAAGAAAAGACACAUACCGAAUGGCAAGAUGUUUUCAUUUUAGCCGGUAUAAUUCAUUUAGGUGGCGUUAUUUUCUAUGGAAUUUAUGCUUCUGGUGAAUUACAGCCAUGGUCUGAACCUUCAAAAGAUGAUCCAUUACAAUUAGAAGAAACACAGCUACCACCAGGAACACAUCCACCUGCUUAUGAUUGUAUUUAUCAAGGUGAUAUAAAUCAACAACAACCAGCAGGUUGGGAUGAUUCAACAAAUCAAUCAACAUAUCCAAACUGGGAUAAUAGUACUGGAGCUGCUCCUAUUAAUAGUAGUAAUACAAAUCCAUUCGGUACAGCAACAGCACCUAAUUAUGAUCCAAAUCAAGCUUGGGAUCAAUCAAAUAAUAAUAACUUUCAAGCGACAACAACAACAAACACAUCCAAUUAUGGAACGAUGGAUAAUAAUAAUCAAGCAACAUUUUAUGAGACUCGUGCUCAAUAUGUACAACCUGGAUCAGGAUAUUGAUAGCCUAAUCAUCAAAUCAUAUAUAUAGAUUAUUAGUGUGAAUUUGUGUUUGUUUGUGUGUGUGUGUGUUUGCUUGUGUUUUCAUCUGUAUUUGU